CACUAUUGGUCACCUCCUGCCGGGCGAGUCGACCAGGAAAAAGGCUGUGGACGCGAGGAGUCGUAAAUUCGUACUUUUGGACGCUAAUUAUAUUAUUUUGUUACUUUCAAUUACAGUUAUACUCAAUUUAACAUUAAUUCUCCCUCGUAGAGAUAAGAAGACAAUCAAAUUUGUCCAACAACUUCCUAUAUGGUCUGCAAUGAUGCUGGCCGAAGGCGCGCGAAGCAGCCUGCUUCGUUUUCGCCGCAACCUGGAACAGGACAUCAAGCCCACCUACUUGAUGGAUCACAUGAUCAGCGACGGUGUGCUGAGCGAAGAAGAGGAGGAGAGUAUCAGCGCCCAGCCUAGCAGGAAAGAGCAGGCAGAGGCGCUCCUGGAACUGCUGCUCAGGAAGGACAACAAUGCUUUUAUCUCAUUUUAUAAUGCUCUCGUCAAAGAGCAAUACUACGACUUGGCCAAAAUGCUUCAUGGCGACCUUCCUGGUUCCAACAACACAUCUGAUGUAGUUCUGAGUGCAGGCGGGGUCCCUCAGAGGCCUGUGGUUUUCGUCAGCCGACCAGAGAUGAUCAACCCGAUCCGGGAGAAGCUCCGCCAUCUCCGGAAGGAACCGGGAUGGGUCACGGUGUUCGGCAUGGCCGGCUCGGGAAAAUCCGUGCUGGCGGCGGAAGCUGUCCGAGACCAGGGACUGAUUGAAGACUGCUUCCCAGGAGGCAUCCACUGGCUGUCCAUCGGCCAGCUGGACAAAGCCGACCUGCUGGUGAAGAUCCAAGCGCUGUGCUUUCGUCUGGAGCAGAACCUGGACUCCCAGUCCCUCCAGCGACCUCCCACCUCCCUGGACGAGGCCAAGGAACGUCUGCGCUUCCUUGUCUUGCGCCGAUACCCCAGAUCUCUGCUGAUUCUCGAUGACAUCUGGGACAGCACGGUGCUCAAGUCAUUCGAUAUCCACUGCCGCAUACUUCUGACCACCAGGAAUAGAAGCCUCGCUGACUCAGUGAGCGGUGCUAAAUUUGUCAUUGAGGUUGAGAGUGGUUUGGAAGACAACAAAGCCCUGGAGAUUCUCGCCCUGUACACUAAAAGUGCACUCAAAGGUCUGCCUGAGGAGGCUCGGAGCAUCGUGAGAGAAUGUAAAGGCUCACCUCUGGUGGUCUCCCUGAUCGGCGCCCUGCUGAAAGAAAAGCCAGACCGUUGGAGCUACUACCUGAGGCAGCUGCAGCAGAAGCAGUUCAAACGCAUCCGCAAGUCGUCGUCGUACGACUACGACGCGCUGGACCAGGCCAUGGCGGCCAGUAUCGAGGUGCUGCCCGACGAGCACCGCGAGCUCUACCGAGACCUCGCCGUGCUGGAGCCCGACGUCAAAAUUCCCGCCAAGGUGUUGUCCAUCCUGUGGGAUCUGGAGCCCGAGGAGGUGGAGGACAUCUUGGAGGAGUUUGUCAACAAGUCCCUUCUGUUUGUGGACAAUCACAGAAAACCUCAACUAUACUACCUCCACGACCUCCAACUCGACUUCUUGGUGGAGCAGAAUCGGGCCCAGCUCGAGAACCUUCACACCAAAGUGGUGCGUAAGUACCAGCUGCACUACAGCCAAGCUCCGCCCACUUCCAAGGACGACGAAUGCCUCUACUGGAUCCGCUUCUUGACCUACCAUAUGGCCAAAGCCAAUCUCUGCCAGGAGCUGUACUCGCUCAUGUUCUCACUGGACUGGGUCGCCCACAAGGCCCAGAUACUUGGUCCAGCUCAUCUUAUAAAUGACUUUGUGGAAUACGGACCCACCUUGGACAAAAAGAAUAGCAACGUGCGCAGUCACUUCCAGGAGUUUUUGUCCCUCAACGGGCACCAGCUGGAGCAGAAUCCAUUCCCUGACGUGGUCCAGUUGGCUCUGUCGCAGCCUCAGGUCUCGGAAGUCUACAAGCAGGCUCUGCAGCAGGCGCGGGAGCGGGCCAAAAAUGGAAAGGUCUACUUUGAUUGGCUAAAUAAGAGCAGCGUGGAGAGUCUGUCCCGGCUGGUGAUCCAUCCGCACCAGGGCUCUGUCUACGCUGCCUGCUUUUCCCAUGAUGGAGCAAAAAUCGCCUCCUGCGGAGCAUGCAAGACACUCAAGGUUUUUCGGAGCACGUCCGGCGAGAACCUGAUCGAGAUCCAAGCCCACGACGACGAAAUUCUCUGUUGUGCCUUUUCCCCCGACGACCGUCUCCUGGCAACCUGCUCCAGUGACAGAAAAGUCAAGGUGUGGAACGCGGAGCGCGGCAACCUCCUGAGGGUCUUCGAGGUGGAACACCAGGAGCAGGUCAACCACUGCCAGUUCACCAACACGCCACGGCGCCUCCUGCUGGCCACUUGCUCCAAUGACAGUUUUUUGAACGUCAAGCUGUGGAACCUGAACAAGCCCUCUUCUCAGAACACCAUGUUUGGCCACAGCGAGCCGGUCAACCACUGUUGUUUCUCCCCCGACGACACGUAUCUGUCCACCUCCUCCAAUGACGGCACCGUUAAGCUCUUCCAGGUGUCCUCCGCCAACGAGUGGAAGACCAUCAACGUGCGGGAGUGGUGCGCAGACGCCGGUGAGGAGGUUCCAGUCAAGUGCAGCACGUGGACGGGCGACGGCAAGCGGGUGGUGUGCGCCAUCAGGAGCGCCAUUUUGGUGAUGGACGUGGAGACGUUGCAGAUGCUGUUAGAGAUCCGAACGGGGCGGCUGAGUAUGGUGCAGUACUGUGACGUGUGUCCCACCAGCAACCUGCUGGCCAUCGCCUUCUCCAACUACGCGGUGGAGUUGUGGGACCUGGAGGAGAAUAAAAAGAUGGCCGACUGCAGCGGUCACCUGAGUUGGGUCCAGCGAGUCCAGUUCUCCCCCGACGGCUCACAGCUUCUCUCGUGCUCCGACGACCAGACCGUCAGACUAUGGGAGACAAAUCAAGUGCACGUCACCUCGGCGGUGCGCCUGAAGAGAGACUCGGAUGCUUUCUUUAAUCCUGGAGAAGACGGCGAGUUUCUGGUUUCGGCCGCGGACAACCGCAACAGACUCCAGGUGUGCGCUGGCAGAGCGGGUUCGCUGAUUUUUCAGUCCGAGGAAAUACCGUCGCGGAUCCGAUGCACGUGUUUCUGCUCGAAGCCUUUGGCCGUGGCCUUUGGCACAGAGGACGGCACCGUGCAGAUUUUGUCCAUCCCCUCCGGGAAGGUUCUCGCCACCCUGCUGGGUCACACCAAGACGGUGCUGCAGUGUCAAUUCUUCCACGCCGGCCAAACGCUCAUCACGUCGUCCGAGGACACCACCAUCAAUGUGUGGAAGUGGCAGUCGCUCAACUGCUUAGUGCUGCGGGGGCACAAAGAGCAAGUGCGAUGCUUCUCUCUACUGUCGCCAACUGGAACGCAACUGCUGUCCUGCUCCUUUGAUGGCACGGUCAAGGUGUGGGACCUGGAAAGCGGCGAGGAGCUGCAGCACAUCGAGGCUCACCGGGGAGCCAUUUUGUCUUGUCACGUCUCCCCGGACGGACGUUUCUUCACCUCCACCUCUGCGGACAAAACUGCCAAGGUGUGGCAAAGGGAGUGCUGGCACUGUGUCCACAUACUCCGCGGGCACCAAGACUGCGUCCGGAGUUGCCGCUUUUCCCGGGACGGGCGACUGCUGGCGACGGGGGACGACAGCGGCGAGAUCCGGCUGUGGAGUGUUGCAGAAGGCUCCUUGCUGAAGAUAUGCUCACGGGCCGGAAAGGACGGGCUCGACUCGUUGCACGGAGGCUGGGUGACCGACUUGCAUUUUUCCCCGGACGACUCCCUCCUGGUGUCCACGGGCGGAUACGUUAAGUGGUGGGACGUGGACAAAGGCGAAGCCCUGCAGACCUUCUACCCGACAGGAAGCGCGCUGAAGAAGGUCCACGUGUCUCCCGAUUUUUCCACGUUCGUCACCAUCGACAACGUGGGCAUCCUCUACAUCCUCCAGAGGGUGGUGUGAUGAUGACCUUUUGAAACGCCGUGUUUCACUUGCACCAGCAUGACAAGAGCGAGUCGCUGCACAAGGUGCGUCAAGAUGUUUACUUCCAUCAGAUUUUAGAUCAUCGAGAAUUAAGACCACUGUUUUUUUUGGGUUUUUUUAAAUUUGCAUUUUGAGAUUCUUCUGAGCCGCAACAAGCCGUUAAGUGCAUUAACCAGUGCUGUGAUGUUUGUCGUGGUUCUUUUCUACAAAAGAAUCAUUUCUAUUUGUACUCAAAUCUUUUUCUAAUCAGCAUUUUUUACAACGACGCAUACACUUGACAAUCUUUCCUAGAACGCAUUAAUAGUUGCUGCCUCUUUCCUUGCUAUGAUUUUUCAAAGAAUUAACGAGUUGUAGGGAGAUAGGAUAAAAAUGUGAAUAACAAUAAUAAGGAUACGUUUUCUAUGUCCGAGUAAUGUUAUUUCCGCAAUGUGCUCUUUGGAUUGGUGCUUUAAAUGUUGCAUGUAUUUAAUCAUGUAAAAAAACAUUGUCUGCUCAGGAUCUAUGAAGUACUGUACUUUAUGAGCCAUUAAGUAAUUUAUUAUUAUUUGCUACGCUAAUUGCACGAAUAAAACAAACUUCAGCGGCAA